UAGGCCAGCUUUGUUUGUAAUGUCUUCACUAAGUUCUCUCUCUUGUUUAGGUUUUUUGCUCCUCCUGUUGCUUCAUGGAGUUGCUUCCCUAGACUAUAAAGCAGCUCUUACCAAAUCUUUGUUGUAUUUUGAAGCCCAAAGAUCAGGGAGGCUACCUCCUGACCAGAGAGUGCAGUGGAGAGGUGACUCUGGUCUCAAUGAUGGUAGCGAUGCUGGUAUUGAUCUUGUUGGUGGAUACUAUGAUGCUGGAGACAAUGUGAAAUUUGGGUUUCCCUUAGCAUUUACUGUGACAAUGCUUUCAUGGAGUGUAGUGGAGUUUGGGACUCAACUUUCAUCUAAAAAUGAGUUACAUAAUGCCCUUCAGGCUAUUAAGUGGGGAACUGAUUACCUAAUCAAAGCUCACCCUCAACCUAAUGUCCUCUAUGGUGAAGUUGGUGAUGGUGACUCUGACCAUGUAUGCUGGCAGAGGCCGGAGGACAUGGCUACACCGCGGACGACCUUUAAGAUCGAUGAAGAAAACCCGGGAGCUGACCUCGCUGGUGAAACUUCUGCUGCUUUAGCUGCUGCAGCCAUUGCUUUCCGGUCAUCUAAUUCUAACUAUUCCUCCAUACUUCUUAACCAUGCAAAGCAGCUCUUUAAUUUUGCUCGGAAUCACCAAGGCCUGUAUCAGAAUAGCAUUCCAGUUGCUGGGAAGUUCUACUCCAGUAGUGGAUAUGAGGAUGAAUUGCUGUGGGCAGCUGCGUGGCUCCAUCGAGCCACUAGUGAAGCGAUCUACAGAGAUUACCUCGGCAACACUGAAAAUACCGGUGGUUCAAGAUCCAUGUUCUCUUGGGAUGACAAGUUCUUGGGUGCCCAGGUCCUAGUUUCCAAGCUUGUCCUUGAAGGCAAAGUAGCGAAUGGGGACUGGGAUCAAUACAAGAGUCAAGCAGAGCAGUUUAUAUGCUCUUGCGUUCAGAAAGGGAGCAACAAUAUCAAGACGACUCCUGCAGGUGCUCUAUGGUGGCAGCCAUGGAAUGGUCUCCAAUACACCACAUCAGCUUUAUUUGUACUGUCAGCUUAUUCCAACUACCUAUCAGCUGCGCAAGCAAGUAUCAAUUGCCAAGAUGGCACAGUUUCGCCAACUGACUUAAUCAAAUUUGUGCAAUCACAGGUUGAUUAUAUUUUGGGUUCAAACCCAAGAGGAAUAAGCUACAUGGUAGGUUUUGGGUCAAAGUACCCAGAGAUGGUUCAUCACAGAGGAGCUUCAAUUGUUUCAAUAAAGAAGGAUCCCACGCCUGUGACAUGCAAAGGAGGUUUUGAUGCUUGGUUUAACAAGAAUGCACCCAAUCCAAAUGUGUUGGAAGGGGCAAUUAUUGGUGGUCCGGAUGUCAGUGAUGGUUUUACUGAUUCAAGGUCUAACUUCCAGCAAAGUGAGCCUGCAACUGUUAACACUGCACCCUUGGUUGGUGUCUUAGCCAAGCUUGCCUAAAAAUGUUCUUGUUGUUUUUGUUUUAAGUAAGUUCACCUGCUUGCUUGUAAUAAAUUUGAAAGGUCUCGAGUUCAAGUCUCUUGGCUGUUAUCUAUUUUUCUCUCUAUAUAUCAAGAAAAAAAAAAAAAAUGACCUACUUGUAAUUUUUUGCAAAAGAAAUGCAUAAAUUUCAUUUUCUCGCA